CUUUCUCGGUGGUGCGCGAGCCCCGCGGCGGUUUGUGGCCGGUGUAUGUGUGUGUGUAUCUCUUCGGGAGGACGACUUACUUCCAAUUAUCCCCUCUCACACAGCGAUUUUUCAUCUCGUUUUCAGUGUCCCCGGGACCGGAGACUUCCAUGGCUUAACGCGGAAUCGUGUCACGGACUUUAUUCGUUGAUGAGUUUCUUUACUGGGGAAUUUUUCGCGUCUCUCAGCGAGCUAAGCUAGUUAUCGAGCUCGCGAGCUAGUACGGGAUUUACUUAAAUUCUCCGCGUAUGAAAGUUCCACGGACCAGACAAUACUGGAUAAAUCCACUCGGAAUUAUUUAUAAAGUCACUUUCAGUCCGGGCGGCUUGAUAAGGAGAAGAUAAAGGGCCACCGUUACCUCAGCGAAGCUAACGAGCUAAUAUGAAGUUAGCCAGCUAACGCUCUCGUAUGCAAGAAAACACCCUCCGCGCGAGCGUUUUUCAAUACCUAAUAUUGAAUUUUGUCAUUUUAAUGUUGGGUUAAUUAGGUCUUUGUGCUUUUGUUUUCAUACUGAAUGCCUGCUCUGUUUAGCUGAGUGGUGGGUUGAUGGUCUGUCUUGCAUACUUCAGUCAAACCCACUCACAUUAAUAAUCUUCAUUAGGGUUUAACAGUCACAUUAGUGCGUUUUGUGCCCGCUAAUCUAGAAAUCACUGCCGUCUUAAUCUAGAAACGCAAAUGGACUGUUAUUUUUGGGGGGAGUAACGUUACAGGUUAACUGAUCCAACAGGUUAUUAGGAUAUUAGUGUUACUCGAUUGUUUAUUCGCCAGGCCUAUGUUUGUUAAGGGGGGUGAGGAUGAAUUGUGCAGGGUACGAGGUGUAACAGCUCGAGUAGUGGACUGUCAUCAGAAAAUACAGACUUGUAUGGAAUUGAGCAGCUGUAUUGGGUUUGGUUCGGCAUCAUGGGGGUCUCGCAAGGGGGCAAGAAAUCAACUACAUAGUGUCUAAGUACAGGCUUGUGGACGUAAUGUAGCCGGUUUAGCAGAAAAGCCUCGUCUUUUCUUGAUUGUUGAUAUUUUUGUCGUAUUACUAUGUGCAUUGCUCUCCUGAUAAUUCAUUGAAGUGAAUUGGAGCAACAGGUCAGUCUGGAUCAAGAAACACUGUCUUUCGUCUCUGGUUGGAGUAACACUCCCAAGCCAUCCUCAAUGCCUUCAGCGCUGGCCGUGUUCACCUGCCGCCCGAAUUCACACCCGUUUCAGGAACGCCAUGUCUACCUGGAUGAGCCGGUCAAGAUCGGGCGCUCCGUGGCUCGGUGUCGCCCUGCCCAGAAUAACGCCACCUUCGACUGCAAGGUGUUGUCCAGGAAUCACGCUCUGGUGUGGUUCGACCACAAGACAGGAAAGUUUUAUCUCCAGGACACCAAAAGCAGCAAUGGCACCUUCAUCAACAGCCAGCGUCUGAGCCGGGGGUCGGAGGAGAGCCCUCCCUGCGAGGUGCUCUCCGGUGACAUCAUUCAGUUUGGGGUGGAUGUGACCGAGAAUACCCGGAAAGUCACUCAUGGCUGUAUAGUGUCGACCAUCAAGCUCUUCUUACCAGAUGGCAUGGAAGGUCGGCGGCGAUCAGAUGUUGUUCCAGCACCACUGCCACUGGCUAUUGAUAAGGUGUCCGCAAAUACACCCAAUAUGUAUUCUCAGGAACUGUUUCAGCUCUCCCAGUACCUGCAGGAGGCCUUACACAGAGAGCAGAUGCUGGAGCAGAAGUUGGCCACUCUGCAGAGGCUGCUGGCCAGCACACAGGAGGCGUCAGAGAGCAGCUGGCAGGCUUUAAUCGAUGAAGACCGGUUACUUUCUAGAUUGGAGGUGAUGGGGAAUCAGUUGCAAGCAUAUUCAAAAAACCAAACAGAAGACGGGAUCCGAAAGGAGCUUGUAGCCUUAACAGAGGACAAACACAAUUACGAGACGACAGCCAAAGAGUCCCUGAGGCGGGUCCUUCAGGAGAAAAUCGAGGUGGUCCGGAAACUGUCCGAGGUGGAGAGGAGCUUGAGUAACACAGAAGACGAGUGCACGCACCUGAGAGAGAUGAACGAACACACACAGGAAGAGCUCGGAGAACUCGCCAACAAAUACAACGGAGCGGUCAAUGAAAUCAAGGAUCUCACGGAAAAGAUCAAGUUGGCAGAGGGCAAACACGAGGAGCUCACUCAGAAAGGCCUGAAUGAGAAGAAAGAGCUACAGCUGAGGAUUGAAGAGAUGGAGGAGAAGGAACAGUCGCUUCAGGCUCGAAUCGAAGCUCUGCAGGCGGACAACGACUUCACAAAUGAGAGGCUAACGGCCCUGCAAGUCCGGUUAGAACAGCUGCAGGAGAAAAGCAUAAAGGAAAACAACAGCUUAGACCACUUUCUUUUAAAGAGUGGAGGAGACUGCACUUUAAUCCAACAGUACAUUGAGUGUCAAUCGGUGAGGCAGCUGAAGGAAGCUGUGGACUCAUCUAUUAACAAGCUGUCCAACUUUGAUGAGGUUAUUGAUGCGCAUCUUCAGAAUAACCAGACGACAGUGGACAACAGCUUGGCCAGUCCAGACAGGCUCAAAGAAAACCAGAUAGACGCUAAAGAGUGCGAUAUGUCAGAUACUCUGAGUCCCAGCAAGGAGAAAAGCAGUGACGACACAUCAGACGGACAGAUGGAUGAACAAGAACUGAACGAUCCCCAGAACAGGGUUUCUCUUUUGAAAGAAAUGGACAGGAACCUGGAAGCAGGAGACACUGAGCAGGUUAUCCCACACCUCCACCGAGAGCUGCAGGAGGCCCAGGAGCUCGCCAACACCGGCAAACAGAAAUGCCUUGAGCUUCAGGCCCUGCUUGAGGAGGAGAGGACAACCAACAGACAGCAGACUGAAGAAUCUGCUAAACAGAUCCGCUUCUUACAGACUCAACUAGCGAAGCUCCAGUCGGACAUGGAGGCUUUGCGUGAGCAGAGGGAAAACACUAUUUCCACCACCCGAGACGAGCUCUACAGCGCCCAGGAGGAGAUCCUGGUGCUCCGGCACGCGAUGGAGGCCGCCACUGCCGAGCGGGAACGGGAGAUCGCCGCCCUGCAGGGAGACCUGAGCAUCGUCACCGCAGAACUGGACAAAUGGAGACAGACGGCAGCAAAGUAUGAAGUGGAGAUCAGCAAUCUGCAGACCAGCUUCCAGCUCCAGAGUCAGCACCAGGAGAGAGCCAGCCAACUCCAAGGUGAAUUAGAGAAGCUUCAGGGCGAGUGCUCUGGUCUGCAGAAUGAAUGUGACAGUCUUCGGGCUGAGAAGACAACGCUAAUGCAGAAACUCCUCAGACUAGAGGAAGAGCUCGACAGUUCACGAGAGCGGAGUGAGACGUUGUGCAGCAGCCUAAACGAUCUGGAGAAAUCCCAGGGUGACCUGGCGAAUAAACUGGGCUCAAUACAAGACCAGCACCAACAGGACGCUAGCAAACUGAGGAUCCAACUGUCCCAAGCGGAGAACCGCACCAGAGACCUGCAGAAGGAGUACGACGACACUCAGAAUCUGCUGUCUGAUCUCCGGCAGCGGUACGAACAGACGGAGCAGGAGAAAUGCUCCAUCAACGAUGAGCUGGAACAGUGCAAGGUCAACCUCAAACUCCUGCAAGAGAAGAGCAGCGCUCCAUCCAUAUUGCAGCCUGUCCAAGCCAUUUUCAUCGGUCUAUUCCUGGCUUUGCUGUAUUGGUGCUUCAGCCAGUUGUGGUAGAAAGAGCGGAUGGAUGCCCUGGAUGCCGGUGAUUGCCGCAGUGGUCGCAGUGACGGCAGUGGUGCUUUAUCCCAACGUUUCCAAGAGCUCCUCUUGAGAACAUCAACCAAUCACAACGCAUUGUCAGUUUUGAUCCGGGCACAUGGCAUAAAUCCGAACGUAAUACCUCUCGUUUUGACAAUUACAGCCCCGAUGUCUGUGUAAAAUGCAAAUGUAUAUAGUAUAGAAAGAAAGAGGGAAUAAAGUUCUAAUGCAUAUUAUAGAAUAAAUAAUCUAUCUGCAUUUUUUGAUUAUUAAAAUGGCCUAAACUAGGUCUAACGUUCUGUUUGUUUUCACGUUUUCUGUCAGCCACUUGUGGUUAUCCAUGUUAGAUGUGGUCAACCCAAAUAGAUGAAAAUAUCUGAACUCUAGGGCACAGAGGGGCAAGUGCCUACUUUAAAUACUACAACUAGGUCUAGUUCACAUCGAAGUGCCACUCAUUAAUUCGAUCCUGAAUGGACAAAAAAGUCUCAGUUUCACGUCAUCCGUGCUGUUAUUGUGUUCGAUCCGACAUGCUUCUAGCACAGUGAUGUCGUCGUUCUCUAUGGCUGUUUUCUCUUGUAUCAUGUGUAAUAAGCAAAUGUUCACGUCAGAGACACACUACAAGUAUUUAGAUGGUUUUGAAAUUCAAUGUAGGAUUGUGGUCAAUGGAGCAUUGACCUAAAAAAAACAAAACAAAAGUUGUAGCUUUUUACCAACACACUGUCCUGCUGUUCGGACUUCGAGUUGAGUUUUUCUGUACUGAAACUCCUACAGUACCUCCUGAAAAAGGCUCUGGGAUUUUGCUGCCUUACCUGUACAAUAGGUCUCAUGGAUGCAAAGGCUUUAAAAUGAAUGUUGGGAAAUGAUAAAUGGGUGGAGGCGUCACAAAUCCACUCCUAUGAAGCACAGAAAUGGGUGAGAGUGAGUUAUUUAGGGGGGUUGUUUAAUUUUGGAUGUGCAAGCUGCUUUGAGACUGGAGGAAGAUGAAUUAACCAAUGAUGUGUUUGGUGUGUGUGGUUCACAUUUGUCUGCUGUGCUGUAAAUAAACAGUCUUGGAGCAAAAAAGCCUAACUCAUCUGGUUCAGCGUGUCGAGGACUUUUGUUUUUGCAUCCUUUGUUGUUUUACUGGAAAGACUAAAAUCCAAUUCAACAUGGAUUUGACCGUGAAUGCAAAAAAAGCAAAGCUUGUAGCACAGAGGGAAUAGCUUUAAUGAUAAAUGCAUUCUUUACGCAGCAUGAUGGACUUUAUUUUUAGUAUCAUUGUCCUUCACGUUAGAUAGACGAAUGCUCAUAGGCCGUUUGUAAAUAUGUAUGUAUGAAUGUUUGUGUGUAAAUAUAUGUUAUAGUCACAAAAUAAAAAAAAAUUGGAUAUAAAUGAUAUUGGUCAUAUCUAAUUUGCUGCUGGAGCCAGUUUUCAGGAUAUGAUGCGUUGGCCUUUUCCUUGUUUUACAUCGCCGUUCCAUGUACUUUUAUAGAUGCAUUUUUAACAUGCAGUUUUCCACAUUCAGAAUGCAUGCUUGAAAUGUGCUGAACACGAGGGUUUUCUUGCAAACGCAAAUGAACGCUGAACCUAGGCUGGUUUUUGUAAGCUUAAAAUGUGUAUUCUUCUGUCAGUUCAAAGAUGAUGAGAGUCGUCAGUUUCGAAUCGAAGCUAAACCUGGUGUUUUUCAGGGCCUUUGAGGAAAGAUGUAUUUAAACCGGUCACCAACUACCACCCGAGUCAGUACGGCGCACUGCCUGUAUAUAGUUUUGUUCGUAAAUAUUGUUUUUUUUAAAUUUCUUUCUUUGAUUGAGAGCUCAGAAUGACACUUUUGUUUUGAACAUCAAAGAUAGUUCGUUGUCAGAAUUCUAUUUUGUAAAAACAUAAUACAGAUAAGGGGUAUUUGCACUAACAAGUGUGAUGUGCAUGACUUCAAUAAAACAAUUUCACUUUCCUUGA